CAUGCUGGGGAUAGAUGUUGUCUGGAGCCUGAAGACGGCGAGGGUUCGUUUUUUUCUCCUUGGAUAAACCUUCACCAGAUCGCUGUUUGAGAACAACUGCUCAUGGCGUCGUUCAAACAAGCAACCUCCGCAUGGAUUUUCCUUCCGUCCCUGCUCUCCUGUUUGGCGAGGGAUGCGUUGUCGCGGCAGAUUGUUUAUACGGCGUCCGAGGAGGUGAGUCCGGGAACGUUCGUCGGAAACCUAGCCAAGGAUUUAAACCUGAAGGUGGAUGAUUUAGACUCCCGAGGACUGAGGAUCGUUUCAGCUUCAUCUGAGAGCAAUUUCGCCGUGAAUUUAAAAACUGGGGUUCUCUAUGUGAAAGAGACGGUGGACAGAGAAAAGCUGUGCCCCAAUACUCACCCUUGCACGGUAAACCUGGAGGCCAUUGUUAAUAAUCCUCUGAAUGUUUACAGCAUAGAAGUAAAAAUAUCGGAUAUCAACGACAACUACCCUCAUUUUGCCGAAAAAGCUCAGUAUAUCCAAAUUUCUGAGCUAACGUUACCGGGAACCAGGUUUCCAUUGCUAAGCGCAGAAGAUCCCGACGUGGGAAGCAACUCAGUGACAGCAUAUAAAGUGUCUAACAAUCCGUUUUUCAGCCUAGAGGUACACGCAGAUGCAGAAAGUGGUCCUUCUCCUGAACUGGUGUUGCAAAAGGCGUUGGAUAGAGAGAGACAGUCUACAAUACAGUUGGUUUUAACCGCUAUGGAUGGAGGAAAACCUUCAAGGUCUAGCACAACGAGUGUUAUUGUUAAUAUUCUAGAUGCAAAUGACAACGCACCGGUAUUUUCCAAGACCGUGUACAAAACUCAAGUCUUAGAAAACGCGCCUAUUGGCACUACUAUAACGAAGCUUAACGCCACUGAUCCUGACGAGGGUCUUAACGGUGAGGUCGUGUAUAAAUUCAAACAAGGCCAGAAAGGAAUUGCAGAUAAGUUCGCGGUCAACAACACCACGGGGGAGAUAACAGUCAUUGGCACUUUGGAUUAUGAGGACAUCAAUGCGUACGAGAUCCGCGUGGAGGCCUGGGACCGAGGCCAGAGUCCGCUUGCAUCUCAUUGUAAAGUCCUCGUGGAGAUACUUGACAUGAACGACAACGCACCCGACAUUACGCUCUCGUCGCUGCUGGAUAAUGUCAGUGAAGAUGCAAAACAAGGCACUGUGUUAGCCUUCAUCACGGUCCAGGAUAAAGAUGGGGGUAAAAACGGAAAAGUGCAUUGUUCUAUCCACCCAAACUCUCCUUUUACACUACAGUCAUCACAAGGGAAAUAUUACUCGCUUGUUUUAAGCGGGACUCUGGACAGAGAAGAAACUGCACAGUAUAAUAUUUCAGUUACGGCUACAGAUGAAGGAACCCCGCCUUUAUCGAAAAACACAGUUAUAGCGAUUCAUGUUUCUGAUGUGAACGACAACGCGCCUCGAUUUCAAGAUUCUGCUAUUAAUGUUUACGUGAAGGAAAAUAGUCCAGCUGGUGGUCAGAUAGCGACUGCUUCUGCACAAGAUUGUGACUAUGGAGAGAACGCUCAGGUAACUUAUUCAUUAAUCGAUAGUCCCAGUGUCCCGCUAUCCACAGCAAUCAGCAUAAACUCUGUGACCGGUGAGAUAUACAGCAUGCAGACUUUCAAUUAUGAGCAGGUAAAAACCUUACAGUUUCAAGUUAUGGCGACAGACUCUGGUGUUCCUCCUCUGAGCAGUAACUCGACUGUAAAUGUGUUUAUUCUGGACGAGAACGACAACAGUCCGGUUAUUUUAGCUCCUUAUUCUGAACCUGGAUCAGUUAAUAGUGAGAACAUUCCCUACUCUGCUGAAGCGGGAUACUUUGUAGCCAAGAUCAGAUCUGUUGAUGCUGACUCUGGAUAUAACGCACUUCUGUCUUAUCAUCUAACUGAACCCAAAGGAACCAAUCUGUUCCGCAUCGGAAGCAGUUCUGGAGAAAUAAGGACUAAGAGACGAAUGAGUGACAACGACUUAAAAACUCACCCACUUCUCAUCACAGUGUCUGAUAAUGGAGAGCCAUCACUCUCAGCGACUAUGUCCAUGGAUGUUGUGGUUGUUGAGAGUCUGGAUGACAUAAAGACAUCCUUCCGAGAAGUUCCUGUUAAAGAGGAGAGUUUUUCAGAUCUCAAUCUGUAUCUGCUCGUCUCUAUCGUCUCAGUAUCAGUCAUCUUUUUACUGAGUCUGGUGGGUUUGAUAGCAGCUAAAUGCUACAGGACAGACAGCAGUUUCAGCAGGUACAGCGCUCCAGUGAUCAGCACACAUCCAGACGGAAGCUGGUCCUUCUCUAAAUCCACUCAACAGUACGACGUGUGUUUUAGUUCAGACACGAUAAAGAGUGAUGUAGUAGUUUUCCCCUCGCCGUUUCCUCCAGCAGACGCGGACCUGAUCAGCAUUAAUGGAGAAGAUACUUUUACGCGCACGCAAACUCUUCCUACCUCAGAGAAGGUAAGACAUUGUAACUUGCUUCGUGCUGUACCUGACUUGUAAAACGAACAUUUAAGAUGAGAUGUUAUGAGUUUAGAUGUUUAUAUAAUAAAUAGAGUAUUGUGGAUAAAAAAAUAUUUUCUUUUGAGUAUAAAAAAAUGAACGCGUACCCAAACAAAACAUAAAACGAAAUAUAGUGGACGCUAUUCAGCGAAAUAUUGCACGGAUUAUUUUUACAACUGGUUUUAAAGAUGGAUUUCAAUUUUGCAAGGUAUUUCGGCACCUGGAACCUGAGAUUUACUGAGUAUCAUUGUGCAGCUUUGUUUUGUCUUCUGUAUACUCCGUGUAUAUUUACAGAGCUCUUUCUUUCUUUCUUUAUUUAUUUUUGCGUAGCAACAAUUAUCUUGUGCUUUCAUGCUGAUAUUUGUUAAUUUUUUCACUGCUUAAAUGUAGUAUUUUGCAUUUAAAGAAUAAAAUCGCUUCAGUACCACGGACAGCAACGGCGAAUUAUUUCGUUCUCGGUUCACACAUU